UAACAACGCAGUGAAUCAUCAAAGCGACGCUCGCCUAAUGUCAGUGAACAACAAAUGUGAGACUUGAAUUGUGAAUUGCUCUUGUUUUUCAAUGAAAAUGAUUUAUUUUAAUAAAGGAUAUUGAAAUAUAAGUCAAAAUAAUAGAAACAACACUAUUAAAAUCAGUUACACAUAAUAUUGACUCUAUAGUUUAGCAUAACUUAUUCGAAACGAUCAGGUUAAUCCGUAAAAAUGCCUACGAGUGGGCCUGUUUAUCAACCCACAACUGUUACCUAUGAACAGCAGCCAAAUGAUUCAUCAUGGACAAGACCGGUUAGCUAUUUAUCACAAACUGUCUCAAAUAGACGGUAUCUUCACAAACCCAUGGUACAAACAUCAAUCUUAAUAACUGGUUUAAUAACAAUCAUCAUUGGUCUGGUAAUGAUAGUUAAUGGUUCCAUAAAUUACGCUGACACACGACAGUAUCCUAAAGAAGUUGGUGAAGAUCCAAUUUAUGCCCCUGGUGAUAGCGCAUACUUAGCUAUAGCAAUAUCAGGUGUCUUAGUUGUAUUUUUAGGCUUGGCAGUUUUAGUAUUUUAUAUACGUUUGGUUGGCUGCCGAAGAACUUGUCCAUGUGUACCAUCAAAGGAAGCUCGAUUGGCAAGACAUUUACAAGGAAAUGGUGCAGCACAAGUAUUGGCAUUAAAUCCGUCCACAGAUCUUUUAGUGUCUGCUCAAUAUGCACCAGUAUCAGAAGUUCCUGCCCAAAUUGAUGAAGAACAAAGAAGGAAGCUCAUGGCCGGAGAUAACAAAGAUUGUGUGAGUAGUGCUGAAGAAAGUGAUAAAAUGUUGGAAUGCGCCCAGGGCAAGGCUGCCUGGCUGGACCGCGGCAGACGUUGCAGCGUCUCAGAAACCGCAGCCUGUCACCGAAUAAAGCAGUCCGAGGCGCACAUGCGCUGGAUGAAGCGCAACAGGAUACAUGACGCAUCAUUCGGAGGUAGUUCUUCUGAUGAUGAGGACUUCUUCGGCUUGUACCAACAAAGCUCUGCAGCCAAUGCGAUUUUGUACGUGGGACUUGGUACGGUAGCGAUAGGAUUAGUCAUAUCUUUUGUCGGCACUGGCGAAAAGGGCUUUAAAACAUUAGAAUUGAGGUUGAUUGGACCUACGUUAAUAGGUUGUGGCCUUCUAUGUUGUUUGGUACGAAUACUUCUGUGUUUCUGCCCUUCGAGAUGUGGUCGUGCCCGCAGAAAACGACAGCGAAGUAAACGUGUAACUGCAGCAGGCGGUAGCGAACGUUGUCGCACUGCACCGAUUUGUGCUGAAUAUGACCUGCGCCCACCAGGAUCAGCCAGCGCGAAACAAGGUUUAAUGGCAAAUGGUGAGGAAGAUUUGGCGCUUUCCGAGCAAUGCGCAUCUCUGCUUCGACAAGAUCCAAAUCGGCAAAGUCAUAAAAAGCGGGUCUCUAUAGCGCCUUGUGGAAAUACGAAUACUACGACGUACACGACGCAGUGCGAACGGCCUGAUUCAAAUCACCAGAUGCCGCAUUGUUCGAAAAUUUUCCAACCAUCACAAUCAAUUCAACUUCAGAUGCAAGCAAUUCAAGGGCACGAAAUGCAGAGCUUGGAUGUUUGUAGUGUUACAAGUAGCGAGGAAAAUCUGAUGACGGUAAUCGAGGUACCAAAGAUUCGUCCAAUGAGUGAACCUACUGCGUCCAAUUCAAACAACGGAAACGGAAACGCGACAGGGAGUUGUCGUCCUGAACUAUUACUAAGUCCUUCGCAACUGGGCCAAUGA